AUAUAAAAGAAAAGCUGAGAUAACAAAACGCCGACAAACAAAAGGGUAAAUCCCCGUACCUUGUGCGUUUUGCUAAAUUGCGCCGCUCGCCGGUUGUCCACAUCUCGCCGUCGUUCCCCGACGGCCCCGCCUCAGAAUGGAUUCUCCACCGUCGAUUGGAUGAAAUCUUACUUUCCUAACGCUUUCUCUCUUUAGUUGUAUAUGUUAUAGUGGCAUAACUUACCGGCUAUGGAGAGAGGUAACAUGGGCCGCCGUAUGUACAUCGGAAAUUCUGAGGGCUUUCUUUGUUUGGUGUGUACGGCAUAUUCGUCGUUUUUCUAUGGCGGAGGCUCUGAUUGAAGCCCUUGAAUCCGAAACCCUAGUCCCGAUUCCAUCCCUGGUCGAGGAUUUUUGACGUUGGAUUCCCAUGGAAGUUCUUUAGAAUUCAAAUUUUGAAGCAACGAGAAGAAAAAAAAAAGAAGAAAGAAGGAAAUUUGAGAGCUUGUUUUUGGAGUGAAGGAGACUGAGUUUAGAGCUCACAGAGUAACCUGAUUUGCGAAAAAAAAAAGGAACAUGGAUUCUAAGGAGCUUAAUUUGAGCAAAGACUUUGGAGGUGGGAAUACUAGUAAGGGAGGUGAUGGGUUUAUAGAUAGGAGCAAAGUGAGGAUUUUGCUGUGCGAUAACGACGCCAAGAGUUUGGAAGAGGUUCUGACACUUCUUCUGAAAUGCUCUUAUCAGGUGACUCCGGUGAGGUCAGCUAGACAGGUGAUUGAUGCACUGAAUGCAGAGGGAGCUAAUAUAGAUAUCAUACUUGCUGAACUUGAUCUUCCAUUGGCCAAAGGCAUGAAGAUGUUAAAGUACAUUAAUCGGGAUAAAGAGUUAAGGCGCAUUCCUGUGAUCAUGAUGUCGGCACAAGAUGAGGUCUCUAUUGUUGUCAAGUGCCUGAGGCUUGGAGCAGCAGACUAUCUUGUAAAGCCUGUCCGAACUAAUGAGCUACUAAACUUGUGGACACACAUGUGGAGAAGAAGGCACAUGCUUGGACUAGCUGAGAAGAACAUUUUGAACUAUGACUUUGAUCUGGUAGCAUCAGACCCUAGUGAUACUAAUACCAACAGUACGACUUUGUUCUCGGACGACACAGAUGACAAGUCUCGCAAGAGCACCAACCCUGAAAUGGGAAUGUCAACCCAUCAAGAAGAUGAGUCUGCUGCUGUAGACCCUCCACAUAUGGAUUUAGUGGAAUAUCGGCCUGAUGUGCCUGGAAUCAGUGACCGACGAACAGGACAAUUUUCAUCUGGCCCAAAGAAGAGUGAGCUGAAAAUUGGCGAGUCUUCUGCCUUCUUUACUUAUGUGAAAUCAAGCACGGUCGAAAGUAACUCUCAAGGCAUUGUUAAUGUUAUUGACAAUUCUGCUCAAAAUUUGGCGACUAGAGAAGAACAUGAAGAGUGCAGUCAAAGAUUGAUAAACGAUCCCCAAAUACAUGCAAAUGGGCAGGCAGGGGAAAACUACUCGCAGGAAGAUGACUUUCCAUGCAGUAGUAGUGUUCCAGAUUCUCUUUCAAUGGAGAGAUCUUGUACGCCACCUGCAUCAAUGGGACUCUCGCAGCAAAGGGAUGUCAAUGACGAGAAACUCAGUCAAGUUCUUUCACAGCCAAGAAAUGAGCAUCAACUUGAUGUUUCUGCCUUACCUCAAGCUGCGUUUCCAUAUUGCUUUACAGGAGUUGUAAAUCAAGUUAUGAUGCCACCAACAGCGCAACUGUAUCAAAAGAAUCUGUACGACCUUCAUAAUCAUGCACCUAAUUCUAUGAUGUCUCAGUACCAUCAUCUUCCGCAAUGCCCUCCUCACGUUAAUGGAAUGGCGUCAUACCCAUAUUACCCGGUUAACAUUUGCUUACAACCUGGGCAAAUGCCCACUUCUCAUGCUUGGCCGUCUGUUGGAGGUCCUUCAGCUGAAGUGAAAUCAAAUAAAGUGAAUAGAAGAGAAGCAGCAUUAAUCAAGUUUAGGCAGAAGAGGAAGGAACGAUGUUUUGAUAAGAAGAUUAGGUAUGUUAAUCGAAAACAACUUGCUGAAAGAAGGCCUCGAGUACGUGGACAGUUUGUGAGGAAGAUAAAUGGUGUUAAUGUGGAUCUUAAUGGGCAACCUACUUCUGAUUCUGAUGAAGAUGAUGUCGAGGAUGAGGAGAAGGAUGCUUGAAAGGAUUCCUCUAAAAAAGCAUGCUUCAGGACAUCGAUGUCGUUGCUGGUUAUUGCGGAUCAUUCUGUUCCAGUUCCCUCCAAGUUGUUUAAUUUUCGAGAAUUUUCCUGUACCUUUAGCCGUUCCGGAAUGCGAUGGAUGGAAAGUGGUUCCUCAGUUUGUUGCAAAAAUGCAUCCAUAGAAUACACAAGGGAUUAAAAACAUUUGCUGGAGAUAUCAGUGGGAGCAAAAAGCCCCUUUUUUUCUUCUUCUGUUGAAGGAUGGAAAGUUAUUGGCAUGCUUCAAGAAUUUGAAGAGGGAUUUAAACCAUGAAGAAGAAUAUCUCAGAGAUAUGAAUGAUCCUCCUUAAGUCUUAAAGAUUGUCAAUUUGCUUCCUUUCUGUCUGUGCUACGUUUCUGUUGUCUUGUAUGUCAACAAGGAAUCCAUUAUGGUAGUAGUGUUAGAUCCUUUCUCCAAAAAGGCUGAUUGUUCUAAUAAAAUGCAUGCAGGAAAUCUCGGCAUCUAUUGUUUACGUAAUGAUAAUGUAUAGUUUUUAUUCUCUACCA